GUUUUUAAUACUGUAUCGUAACUACACUAGUUUUGUGUCAGUUUGCUUGUUUCCAAUAAUAUAGUUCGUUAGUUAGGUAUACUCUACGGGUAGAAAUUGAACCUCACUAUAGGUGGUAUCACAGAUUAUUUACUAAUAUGGGACUUCUACUCUCCAAUUUUAUUAUUCUGACUGAAACAAACCAAAAGUGAAUCGAAUCGAAAUGCGAAAUAAAAGAGAAAAUAAAAUCGAAAUUGAAUGUAACUCACGUUAUAUUUAGGGUUUAAAAGUUUCCCAACUCCUAAAUAAACUAAGCUAGUGUGUUAUAAACAAAAAAAGUGAAAAAUGUUUAAAAGCCGUGGAGAUAUUGUUUAUAAAUGCACUGUGCGACUUUUAGAGGAUACUGAAAUUUUAGAAUGUGAAUUUCAUCCUAGUUUUAAGGGUAAGUCUCUGCUAGAACAUGUGUGUCAACAAUUGAAUCUCACAGAGUCUGACUACUUUGGUUUAAGAUAUGUGGACGCAAGUGGACAGAGACACUGGCUACACAUGGCUAAACUCAUCCUCAAACAAGUCAAAGAUGCUUCGCCUAUAUUGUUCAGUUUUCGAGUGAAGUUCUAUCCACCUAAUCCUUUACUACUAAAGGAAGAUGUGACUAGAUUCCAAAUAUAUUUGCAAUUGAAGCGGGAUCUACUUCAUGGCAGGUUGUACUGUACAGCCAAUGAAGCUGCCAUGCUUGGAGCUCUCAUCAUUCAAAUUGAAUUGGGAGACUAUGAUUCAACUAUCCACAUUGGUAAUUAUGUGAGCGAAAUGAGAUUGUUAUUGAGACAAACAGAUGCAAUUGAAGGUAGGAUACAGGAACUACACAGGGAACCAUUGGAAGGCACACCCAUUGGUGGUGGAGGAGUUAAGGGUAUGUCAACUGAAGAAGCCGAAAGAACAUUCCUAAAGAUUGCUUGUCAACUUGAUACUUAUGGAGUGGACCCGCAUCCAGUUAAGGAUCACAGAGGAAACCAGCUAUAUUUAGGUAUCAACCACAGUGGCAUAUUAACAUUUCAAGGCAGUAGGAAAACAAAUCACUUCAAAUGGUCAGAAGUUCACAAGAUCAACUUUGAGGGGAGAAUGUUUAUUGUUCACUUGAAUUACCCAGAGAAAAAACACACGGUCGGCUUCAAGUGCCCGAGCGGGGCGGCUUGUCGUCACGUCUGGUGCUGUGCCAUAGAGCAGAUGCUGUUCUUCACUUUGUCGUCAUCGUCGGAAGCGUGCGUGUACUCUGGCGGGGGACUGUUCUCGUGGGGAACGAAAUUUAAGUACGUGGGGCGGACAGAGAGGGAGAUCCUCGAGAGGGACGGCCUCCUGGCACCGAGGGAGCCUCAGGAAGAAGGCUCCAGUGCUGGAGGAAAGAGGAAAGCUUCGAGCGUACCAGCGACUCCGUCUACGCCGAUGACUGGGGACUUUGGGUACAGCAGUCUGCCGCGCUCGACGCACAGCGCGCCGCUGGAGGAGAGCGGGGACGGCGCCGCGCACCUCGCGCUGGCGUGUUGCGAGCGCGCACCCGCCGACAAGCCCGCCGUAUGUCCGUCCGAGUACGGGAUGCGGGACUCGUUCGAGCACUCGUCGUCCGAGUCUGGCGUGACGUCACAGACGGGUCCGUCUCAGGGCGAGGAGUGGAGCCGGCCCCCCACCGCGGCGCCCCCGCCCCCCGCGCCGCGCCCCUUCAGCCUCGUGCGCGCCUUCGUGCCGUCGUUCCUGUUCGUGUGGCUGUCGCUAGGUAUGUUCGCACUCCUGCUGUUCGAGACGGACGUGCGUUUUCUGCGCGCCGUCAAGCACAAGCCGGAAAUGGUGGCGCUGCGCCGGUACUACUACGCGCCCCUCAAGGAAUACGUCAAGAGAAAGGUCGUUGAACUGUUUUAAUAUCAUAAUAUGAUAUGUCGCAAGCGUCGAAUCCUCAGUAGAACUUAACGUGAACCGCGUUGUGCCGUUUAAAGAUUAACCCGACGAAAUUAAAGUGUCAAAUUUUGGGACACGUUUAUAUUUAGAAUUUAGUAGUUUUUAAACGAUGUUAUUAUACAGUUUUAAACAAAACAAAACAAAAAAAAAACGUUAUAAAAGUUUCAUCUUUUAAAAUACUCACAUUCCCUUUUUCAGUAUUAACUUUUCAUUCUUACUGUGUUUUUUUCUAUUUCUUCGAUAAUGACGAAUCUCUUUUUUAUUUUAUUUUAAAAUGAAAUAUUAUCAUAAUAAUAACAAGUCAUUUAGAUAUUAAGUCACGCCUAUACGCUUUUAACAGUACAAUUUAUUGGUAAGCUUAGCACAUUAUAGCACAAUGGAUUUGUAUAUUUCUCGUUCCUAAUGUAAAGCAUUUAGAAAAGAGUAAAUAAUGUGUAGUAAUUAAUCUAUAAUUUAUCUGACAAUUAAAAAGUUAAGUAACUUUUCUUUUAUCUGUGCCUUCAUAUUUGUGCAAUCUCAAAUUGAUUUAUUUACAAAAUUAGGCUAUUUAAAAAGAUAAGAACAUUUAACAUUUAAUAAUUGUUGCUUGUUAAAUAUAUUUUUUGCUAUACUUAUUUAUUUUUGUUAAUUUAUGGUGAUGGUUUAUAUUUAUUCCAAAGAACAAAAGACAACUAAAAAUGUUCGAAUAGAAUCUCUAAAUGUUGUAAUUUUUUAUAACAUUCCACGAUAAUUAAUGUUUUGUCUUCCAUCCAGAAGGUAUUUUGAAAAUAUGCACAAUUACGCACAAUGCAAAAAUAUAGUGUUAUUACAGAGCACAAGUUAUUUUAAAUUUUAUGAAUUAUAACGUUGUUCUUACUAGUCAAAUAAUGAGCUUAAUUUAUAAGAAUUUUUAAAGUUGUUCAAUAAUUUAUUUGGUUAUACAAUUGUAAUGUGGGUCAGAGUGGAAUUUCGAGUAAUCGGAUUAAACAUUUCAAUAAAAAAGGAUAUUUGUUAAUUCAUUGAUCAAUGUAUUAAUAAAAAAUCGAUCUCAAGUCGCCAUCCAACAUAACGUUAUCCUUUGUUGAUGCAAUAGAGCCUGUUUUUUUCACGCUGUCUUUCCACAUUGGCUGUGCUAUAAUUUUAUACAAAAUAAAGGAUUCAUUUUUAAACCUUUGAAAUAUAUUUUUAUUGUAUUUGAAUGUACUUACUUUGGAAAAUGUUCAUGCCUUACUAGAUUUUUAGAUAUUAGAAUAAUUUUUCCUCCCUAGUCAAUGUUACAUUUUAAAAAAGUAUAUCCAAGAGUAAGCUAUAAGUAACGAAAAGCAAUUUGUAUUUUAGUUUUAAACAUAAUUUUUUACUCAUGUAAGUCUAUUUCAGAAUGUUUAAUCAUGUAUGUAUUAUUAGAAUUUAAAUAAGGAAACUGCUAGAAAUUGUCGAUUAUUUUUAUUAUUUUACUUACUUUUUACCCUUAAUGAUGUAAUGUUCAUGCAGUACAUACUUAAUACCGAAUACUUAACCUAGCAAAGGGUGUUAUUUUGAAGAUGGAUAAAAAUUUAAUAUUGAUCUUCGAUUUUUUUACUUACAAUAUUAUUAAAAUAAUAUAUUUCCAACAAAUUUUAAGUUCUAAAAUUUCCUAGUGUAAUUAUUCACAGUGAAAUGUCUAAGAGUAAAAUUACUUGGACUUUUUCUUUCAAUAUUUUAUAAGAAAAAUAAUAUUUUCUUAAACAUGACUUAUUCACGUUUAAAUUUCGGUUUGAAGUACAAGUAUUUUUUAAUUUGUUAUAAAUCAUAUCUCAUAGCGCUUGUUAGUUAACGCAAGAACUAGCGGAUAAAUAAAAAAAUCUAAAGAAAAUGUCAAUUAAGCUGAUCUAGAAUAUUGUACAAAGCUACUGAUAUUUCAACUUCGCUGCGAAGUAGAGUAAUACGAGAGAAAAAAUGUUUUGUAGCAUAGAGAUACGAAUGUUAGCUAAUAAUAAUGAUGAGAGUAUAAAUUUUUCUUUGUGGACCAACCCGCGUCGCUAUUACAGAAAUGCAACUGAAACAGUAAGUUAUUUUUGUACCGCCAUCGCUUAAAGUCCAUAGUUCAAUGUAGUCCUAAGAAUACAAAGUAAAGUUAGAUUAUUUAUUUAUAAAUUAUCAGACCUAUGUAUGAUGCCAAAUACAAUAAAUUUGUAAUCGUUCAGAAAUUAUGUACGUCAACAGUUUCGAGUCAAAUAUUCGUAGUGGAAAGGUAGUUUUAGUCAAAUGUGGACAAAAAUAUUGUUUCAA